ACAAAAAUAACAUAUAGAAAAAGAAAGAGGUUAUGUUAAACGAUUGAAAACAAAUUCUUAAUCGAAGUUAUUGAAAAUGACGUUUAGUUUUAGUUAAAUUGUUUUAACGAAAUUGUUUUAAAAAAUGCCGUUACCCGCUGCUCUAGCCGCACGUUUAUCCAAACGUGGUAUCUUACCUAAAAAGGAUACUCAACAAGAUCAACCUGAAGAAGAAGUAAUCGCAGAAAACUACGAUGCUCCCGCUCAAAAAAAGAAGAAAAUUUGUCUUAUUACAAGCAAACAAACUGAAGACGAUCUACUGUUAGCAAAUCGAGGACAUGAAGGCUGCCCAAAUAAGUACAAUGUUUAUCAUGAAUGUACAACUUUUUGUGUUACACUAUGGAAAAUUGGCGUUUUACGACCAGAUCCAAAAUAUUUACGACGUAAAUUUAAAUUACUCAAACAAUAUCCAUUACCCGAAGGAUGGAAGGAAGUAUUUGAUCGUGGGUGUGGACGCUAUUAUUUUUGGAAUUUAGAAACAGAUGAAGUCUCAUGGUAUCCACCGAAUCAUCCCAAAGCAAAAAUAUCACCUAGUGCUGCUAGGAUACGAGAAGCUAAACAACUUUCCCUAGAAAAAAUGGUAGAAACAGAAAUUGAGUCAAAUUCAGAGUCAGAUUUGUCGUCCGAAGAUGAAGAAGAAGAAGAGGAAGAAGACCAUCGUAGAAAGUCUAAGAAGUUUAUGUACCCAAUGAAUAGGGGCCAAAAACGAGUAGAUAUAUUAGAUCCAAUGGAUCCUGCUGCAUAUUCAGAUACGCCAAGAGGCACAUGGUCGUCUGGAUUGGAAAAUCAUGCAGACGCUAAAACUGGUGUAGAUACGACAGCCUCUGGUCCAUUGUAUCAAAUGCGACCCUAUCCUUCACCAGGCUCUGUACUAGCAGCUAACGCAAAAGUAAAGAAAAGUUAAAUAUUACGUUUUAGUGUAAGUAAAUUAUUUUGUUUUGUAAAAUAUACUUCUCAGAAACAAAAAAUAAAUAUGUCAUAAUUAAGGUAAUGUUAUAAA